AUGCUUAGAUUGGUGUUAAAGAUAAUUUUACUUUUUUUUUUAGUAAAUAAGGCAGUUAGUGUGACUAAUAUUACAAUACCAGAUAUAGAUCUUUCGAAAUAUGGGCAAACAGUAAUUACAGGAGACUUUUCGGGGAUUAGUUUAUAUGCGUAUAAUGAGAGGGGAAGAAUUCAUGAAGAAUCAAAUAGAUAUAAAAAUGAACUUUUUAUGCAAGUACCAAAUAGAACGUAUAUUUCUCUUGGUAUAGUUAAUGGUUUUAUUAAUGUGAUAUCCAUAAUCAAGGAUGGAAAAAAUAUAUAUGCAGUUAUUGCAGGACACUUUUCUCGUAUAGGAGAUGUAAAUACGAACAGUAUUGUUUUUUAUGAUUUAAUUGAAUCGAAAUUUGUUACUCUCAAAGAGGGGAUUUCAAAUGGCUAUAUAAAAUCUAUAUAUUACGAUGAAAAAAAUAGACAUUUAUAUGUUGGUGGAAGUUUUCGUUAUAAUAAUUCAUUAAAUGCGAUUAUAUGGGAUUUAUCUAAUAAUGAGUGGAUAGAACUUCCUUUCAAAGGGUUCAAUGGAAUUGUUAAUACUAUAACUCGGAUGAAUAAUGGGAAUAUUUUGUUUGGUGGUCAAUUUGAAGAUGCUUUUUCUCAUGGAGGAGGAACACAUUUUGUUCUUAAUAAUUAUGAUAGACAGGUAUUAAAUCUUCAUACAGCUAUGAUUUUAUCUGAACAUUCUUCUUUAAAUGAAAAAUAUGCUAAUCCAAGAAACAUUAUAUGUACAAAUACCUAUAAAAAUACUACUUCUUGGCUUUUAGAAAAAUCAGAAAUUGGAAAAUGGCUUGCACUUUUUCGAUAUGUUUUCAGACCUCAAAAAAUUCGAUUUAAAAAUUCAGAUGUGCAAGAUUAUGCAACAAAAAUUUUUAGAGUUAUUUCUUUUCCAAUUCAUGGGAUUAUGAAUUUAAGUUAUACUGAUCCGGUUACAAAAAAAAUAGCAUUUUGUGAAGCACUAUGUCCAUUACAACAAUCCUCUUUAGAAUAUCAGGAAUUUGAUUUCGUAAAUAUUAUUCCUAUGACUGGGUUUCGAAUUGAAAUUAUAGAUUGGUAUGGAAAGGGCGGCGGAUUAAAGGAAGUUGAAGUUCUAUUGAGCGAUAUUCAGACAUUUGCUGUAAAUACUUUUAAUGAACCCAUAUGUGUUAAUGAAAGUUUACGUUCAAACUCAUAUGUUACCGGCGGACCAUGGGAAGUACUAAGAAUUAAUGAUCAAAGCUAUCUUUCAGCAAAUAUUUCAAGAUCAGCCCUAGAAAAAUCAUCUGUUGUAUUCGAACCACGAUUACAGAGAUCUGGAUAUUAUCAUGUUCAUUUAUAUACACCAGGAUGUAUUCAGGAUAAUACAUGUUCAUUUCGGGGAAUAGUACAAGUUAGAAUUUAUUAUCAAGAAAAUGUAAAUCCAGUGAUAGUGAUUGUUCAUCAAACUCAAAAUUAUGAAAAAAUUGACAAUAUAUAUAAGGGUUUUAUAUCUGGAAUAACAUCAACAUUUAGACCUUGUGUAGUUAUAAUUCCUAUCCAAGGGCAACGCGAAUAUAUUAAUGUUGUUGCACUGGCUGUUAAAUUUAUUCCGGUAUCUAUUUUUAGCAGUUCUAAUGGGCUUUUUGAAUAUAAUCCUUCUAAUUAUUCAUUAAACGCAGAAAAACAGUCAGAAUCGAAAUCAGUUGUAGACAUUGCUAGAUCUUUAUUAUCAAAAAAUGCAAUUAUCUCUUCUGUUAUCCAUGAUUCGUCACAAACUAUAAUAGCAGGACGCUUUACUAAUAAUGAAAAACCCCCGUUUUCCAACAUAUUACGAAUAACACCUCAAGUAAGCUCUUUAGCAUAUGGAGGGGUAAAUGGAGAAAUUUUUUCGAUGCUUUUGCAUAACAACAUACUUUAUAUUGGUGGAAGAUUUAAUAAAAUUCUUCAUUCUUCUUCAGAUGCAAUUAACAAUGUGGUAUCAUAUUCUAUUAUAGAUGAUUCUUGGACAUCACUCUUAUGGGGUCUAAAUGGUGUAGUAUAUAAUAUUUAUAAAUAUGUUGCUUCAGUAAAUAAUACUUUUAAAAUUUAUAUAGCAUUUUCUGGGAAUUUUAGACAAAUCUUAUCGUUUCAAAAUAGAAAAUUAUCUGAUGUAAAUGGGUUUGCUUUAUGGGAUCCAGAAGACAAAAAAUGGGAAACUAAUAUAGAUUUAUUUAUAGAUGGGCAAAUACAAAAUUCUGUAUUGGUUUCGAAUAAUAUAUCAUUAGUAUCAGGAAACAUUAGAACAUUACACUCUUUAAGAGCAUUAGGUGCGACUGCUUUACAUAUUUCAAAAUCUGCUCAUUCUCUUUCCCCAUUAUUUUAUUCAAAAGCUAUUACGCCUUUUUUCAAUUUAAUAGUUAAACGUGAUAUAGAUAAAUCUUCUAAAAAUUCAAUUUAUACGGGAGCAUUUUAUAAAUUUCUUUCUCGACCUUUAAUAAUUCUUGGUGGUCAAUUUGAGUUUGAAAAUGAUGAAAAUGAAUUAAUAAAAAAUAUUGCUAUAAUAUAUAAUUCAAAGAUUUCGGGUAUCAAUAUAAAUUUGGAUCCUCAAAGUGUUAUAUUAAGUCUUGUUGUAUACAACAAUAUUUUAUAUAUUGGGGGGCGUUUAUACCAUAAAAUAAAUAAGGAAAGCAUAAAUGGAAUAUUUGCAUAUAAUUUAAAAGAGAAAAGAAGUUAUCAAUUACUUCCACUUUCCGGAGAUGAUACUCAAGUGAAUAUUCUUUCUAUGCGACCAAAAUCGAAUGAGCUUAUUAUUGUUGGAAAAUUCGAUUCAGGAAAAUCAUCAUCAUGUAAUGGUUUUUGUAUAUUUGAAACAUCAUCAAACGAAUUAAGAUCUUCUUCAUCUGGGUUUUCGGGGGAAGUAACAGCUUUAUAUUGGAUCGAUGAAAAAUCAGUUUUGAUAAGUGGAAAUAUAAAAGUAAAUGCAACCUUGUUAAACGUGGCAAAAUACGAUUUUGAUACUUUAACAUGGUCACCGGUUUUACCCGAAAAAAUUUAUCUUCCAGGGCCUGCAACAUCAAUUAUAUAUGAUAAAAAUGAUAAAAAUUCUAUAUAUUUUUCUGGAAAAAAAAGGAAUGGUAAUGCAUAUUUCAAUAAAUGGAAUGGAAGAACUCUUCUGCAAUUAGAUUCUGAAUUAUUGCCAGGCUCAAUAAUAAAUCAUAUGCGUAUUGUUUCAUUAAAGCAAAGACACCGUCGAAAUAAUGUUGUUCCAGAAGAUGUUACAAUCUUGGUUCUUGGUUCUUUAAUUUUUUCUUCUUUUGGGACUGUAACUGCAGCAUUUUAUGAUGGAAAUGCCUGGACACCAUAUUUAAUAUCAUCAACAUUAACAGGUCAACCUGGAAUAGCAAAUUCUUUAUUUUUUGAACAUGAAAUUUAUUCAUCAUCUCGCAAAUACCUUGCUAAAGGUUAUGUUGUUUUGAUAUCUCUCUCUAUUAGCUUAUCUAUCAUAUUUCUAAUGACAUUAUACAGAGCAAUUUUCACUAACUAUCAAAGAAAAAAGGGAUCAUUGCAAAUACCUUAUUUUCCUAAAGAAAAAGAACUACAUAAAACACCAUUGACUGGCAUUUCUAAUGAUUCUGAUAGGGAUAAUUUAUAA